AUGUCUGUCAAUAGUCCGUGCGGUAAUCCACCGAACCAUGUGGUUUACUUAGAGCAUGUUAAGGCGCGAAUCACCAUCAUGUCAGAAAUGCGCGGCAAUUUGCGGAUAUUUUUGACUUCUCCUGCAGGAACUGCCUCGACUUUGUUACCUCUACGAGAUCACGACAAAAUGAGGUCCGGUUUUCGAGACUGGGCGUUCAUGACCACCCAUAACUGGGGCGAGAAGGUGGCUGGAAAAUGGACGCUGGAAGUGGAGAACAAAUACUGGUCUGACGCAACGCUGUUGAAGUGGCAACUAAUUUUCUACGGCACAUCGUCAGCGGUCGACCCUUCCGGUGGAGGGAUGGCGACGGACGAUCACUCGGCAUUCCCUGUCAGCGACGACACCCAUAGCGCCGCAGUGUCGUUUGACGUCUCUUUGUUUCGCACUGGACUGUUGUCAUUUGCGCUGACGGUUUUUGCAAUAAUGCUCGUUUGUUCGUGUGUGCAGUACGUUGCUUGGAAAGCUCGCCAAGCGGAAGAGUAUAAAUACGCCUUUUCUCCUGUAUUUGAUGACCCAACACAACAUUACUGCUUCGUUGCCAAUUCCAAGCCGAUUGAAAAGGAGGAUUGGAGACCGUGGCGAAAUCUCCGUAAAAUAUCGUCACCUGCCCUUCAUGGUAUUGAGGUAACCGAAAUUUAUACCAGCUCAGUCGUCGCCCGGGUUACCAAGCGUCGCACAGACUGCUGGGAUACUGAGGGAUACCAGAACCUGCUCUUGGACCUCUACCAGCCAGGAACGUAG